GUCGACACUCUUUUCCAUGCCAUCCUGAUCUUCUUGUCUCAUUGAACUCGGUGUAUGAUGUAUCGACGCAGUCGACAUGUCGAAACAAUAUCUCGCCCUCCAUUCGAUCGAUGAAGCCCAUGCCACGGACAUUUUCGCCCUCGCUGUGACUCAAACCCAAAUCCUUACAGGUUCGGGCGAGUCCUCGAUCAAGAUCCAUUCCGCAGUCGAAGAAGGCUAUCCCAUUGCCCAGAUCCUCAAAGACGCCCAUAAACUCGGCUGCCACCAUAUUAGCACAGACCGCGAAACUGGCACAAGAGCUGUGAGCAUCGGCUUUGGCGGUGAUGUCAAAAUAUGGAAAUACGAGGAGGGAAAGUGGAAGGACGACGGGAAUAUUGAUGUCGGUCCAAAGAAGAAAACAGGAGAGAUUUGGGCGGUAUGCUUGUCUUCUGACGGGAAGUUUGCGGCUGGCACAACCCAUGAUGGACGGAUCAAUGUAUGGGAUCUGGCAAAUGGCGUGAGUCGGGAGAAGAUCAGGGAAUUCGAGACGAAGGGCAGUUUCGGGAUGUCGGUAGACAUGUCACCAGACGGCAGAUUCAUAGCCAGUGGCCACGAGUCCGGGGCAGUCUACCUGUUCUCUACGGCUACGUCUCGCCUACUGCAUUCGCUUCCAGGACUCAUCAAACCGGUCCGCGCUGUCAAGUUUUCUCCGGGUUCCACUCUCCUUGCAGCAGCUGGCGACGCGCGGAUAAUCUCCCUCUAUGAUCCUGCAUCAGGCGAACAAAUCGCCAAUCUCAGUGGGCAUGCAGCUUGGAUCACGGACCUCGAUUGGAACCACAAUGGCCAAUACGUCUUAAGUGGAAGUUUGGAUGGCAAGGUCAAGGUGUGGGAUAUCGAGCGAAGAGUCUGCGUUGCAACGCACAGCGAGAGUGAAAAAGGUCUAUGGUGUGUCAAGUGGCAGCCGAAAGGCGAGACCAAUGUUGAGAGACAGAAGGCCGAGAGAUUUGUGACCGUGGGAAGCAAUAAGGCUAUCGCCAUCUACCGGGAAGCUACAGGCGGAUGAGCGGAACUGGUCGAUGGUCGAUUCGAGAGAAUAUCCGUCGAUUGAUUUGUGAUUCCAACCAUAUUCGACGCCAAAUCGGCGAGCAGUCCUGUGUGACUAGUGGUUUUGCUGAGACCGCAAAAUGAAGUUGCGGUAUGCCGUCCAUUCGGCUGCGAGGACGAACUUGCCCUUUGAGAGCAACCUACUUGAGAAAAGACCGGUCAAUACCAGAGUAGGACAGCGGUCAAGCCCUACAAUCCAGGCGAUCAGUAUUGUUCCAUCUGAUCAUGCGAAGGUGAGCAGACUCGAAGUCUGAGAGUACACAUUUAGAAUCUUAGAACAGCUUUAGAUAGACGUCGUGCUCUUCAUCCGCGUGCCUGGACCGGGUAACGACUACGCUGAGCCUCGCCUUUUCAGAAUGGACAGCGAGGCUGGACCCGACAGCCUUGCCAAGCACUACAGCCUCGUAGGUGACUCCACUCUCAUCA